AUGUCAUCUCGAGAAAGCUUCGGCUGGGGCAUGUCUUCGAGUACUUGGCUGGCUCGCGAUAAAAUAGAUAAGUCGUAUGUCGCCGUCAAGAUCCUUACUAGUCAUCACACCAAACUCUGUCCGAACAAGGUCGCGUUUGGGAACUUCGAAGUCUUCGAGCGGGUAUCGCGGCCCCCUUCGACUCCUCACUGUCUUGGCCUCAUGUCGCACUUCACGGUUCCCGGCAAACUUGAAGGCCAGCACCUCUGUCUCGUCACCAAGGAUCCUCGGUGGAGACCCAAACGUAUCCUCCUUCAUUUGCUUCGCGGGAUCGCCCAUAUACACAGUCGUGGCAUCGUGCAUACAGAUCUGAAACACGACAAUAUUUUCUUCGACACCCCGUUAUCCACCGAUGACUUUGACAAACUCCUCGCGUCCGACCCGUCCCGUCGACAUGCCUCUCACGAUGGGUCGGUACAAGCCGCGGUCUCGCAGCCACUUCCGAUACCUACUCUACAAGACGCUAUGAAGCAAAAUUUUCUGGUAGGCGACUUUGGCAGCGCCCAGCCCAUCUUUAUCCACACCGAAAACGAAAUUUCCGCUCUGCCGCUUCGUCCUCCCAAAAUCAUGAUCGGAGGACCAUGGAAUGCCAAAGUGGACAUAUGGGCGUUCGGAUGCUUGAUCUUUGAACUCAUCACCGGACGUGCUCUCUUCAAGUAUCAGGCUGACCCAAAAUACAACCUAGACGAGCCAAACUUCAUGCUAUACCAGAUGAUAUGCUACACGUGCGAAGACUUUAGAGUAGAACAGCUCUCGGUCAGCCCAUUGGCUGCCCAAUUCUUCGAUUCUACGUGCAACCUCAAAGCCAAUCCACCGCUCUUCGACUACCCUUUCGAGAUAUCCAUCAGGAGCUACAAAGUUAUAGAAGAAGCGGACGUUCUCUCCACCGCUGCUUUCAUGCGCAGGUGCUUGCGCCUGGAUCCUGAAAAACGGGCUAGUUGGUUCGAUGGUGUGGAGUAG